CGGAUGUUGUUGCACAGCCGUUUCCGGGGCGCUGUGAGGAGAAGUAGGAUUCCCAAUGGGCCGCAGCCGCAGCCGAUCCCCGCGGAGGGAACGUAGGCGAUCCCGAUCUGCUUCCCGGGAGAGAGAGCGUCGGCGCCGGGAGAGGUCCCGAUCGCGGGAGAGAGAUCGCAGGAGAAGCCGCUCUAGGUCUCCACACCGGCGGCGCUCCAGAUCUCCACGGCGACAUAGAUCCACAUCUCCUUCUCCUUCACGCCUGAAAGAAAGAAGAGAUGAGGAAAAGAAAGAAACAAAGGAAACAAAGAGCAAAGAACGUCAGAUUACUGAGGAAGAUUUAGAAGGCAAAACAGAGGAAGAAAUAGAAAUGAUGAAGUUAAUGGGAUUUGCCUCUUUUGACUCCACAAAAGGGAAGAAGGUAGAUGGGUCUGUAAAUGCAUAUGCCAUAAAUGUAUCUCAGAAGAGGAAGUACAGGCAGUACAUGAACAGAAAAGGUGGCUUCAACAGACCUUUGGAUUUUAUUGCAUGAGAACUAAAAUAUUGAAGAAUGAUUUUUCCCCCUCAUCUUGGUUGGAGUGUGGAUUUUGUAUUUUGUAUUUAAUAUGCAUCAAAACCAGGAUCUCAGUUCUUCCUUCUUAUAAAGUAAGAAAAUCUUAUUUAUAAUUUCCUCCAAAAGAGAACAGUUAAAUACUUUUUUUAAAAAAGGAAAUAACAUUUAAGGCAAUCAUCAGCCGUAUAUUGUUUGUUCUUAUUCCUAUGGAAACUGUAUAUGUUUUCUUCUUGGAUGCUUGUUAGAACUUUUUAAAAAACAUGAAAGUAAUUUGGCACGAGUUUCUUCAAUAAAGCAACAUUUCUACCCA